UUUAAAUAACUACAGGAAGACUUACCCGGGAUACUUACCCGGGAUUUCGACUUUUCCUUCCUCUGUUUCGGUUGAAACAAGCAUCAUUAUGACGUCAGCAAUGUUUUUCCCGUAUCGAGAACCAACCUUCAACAGGUUCCUGUCUGUGAAGGAUAGCGCCUAUAAAUUAAAAUCCGACGUACCAAAGUCUGACUCGUCUCAUCAUAGUUUUUAUUGUAUAGCAAGAAGUUUAAGUUUACCGGAAAUACCAACUAGCCGCAAGAUGUCCAGAAAAAUGUCCUACGCUAACCGGAGUGACCAGCUCACUCCCAAGUCUCGAAAGACGCGAGGUUCUGUCGUCGGUGCCCGAUAUAUGCCAUUGACAGGGCGUUCAGACAAGCGCUCGGAAGCUCACGAUUCCACAGGGACGCUUGAUAUUGUCUCCCUUCACGACAAACAAGAUGGCGGAGUCACUGGUAUACGAGGCUUAAAGAUGGAGAACACAUACAAAACAGACCCGGAUGUAACUUUCAGGGUAUGUGAGGUGGAGAAGGUGACAGAAUCCACACUUAAGGAACAUUUAGACACAGAGGUGUACGACUCUGCUAACUGUAAGGAACUAUCACAGACAAUAGCGGCAGAUAUACUAGAAAAAGUGAAAAGUUUAGGUUUCAAAAGAUACAAAAUAAUCGCUAAUGUCAGUAUAGGGAGUCUCAAGGAGAAGCCAGGGAUGCAGUUCGGGAGUCGAUGUCUCUGGAAUAAAAACACGGACAACUUCGUUAGUGUGAAAUACAGUAACAAUUCCAUGUUUGCCGUAGCUAUGGUGUACGGGUUGUACUUUGACUAACUGAUUCACGUGCUUGACCACCCUUAUGGCUACUGAUUCACGUGCUUGACCACUGUAAGGGUGACCAGGUAUGUUUUGGACUCUAGUGCUGUCGAAACUGUAUGUCCACGACGUCAUCGAUGUUUUAAUCACUUUAAGUAGACAUAUUUUUUUCGGUAUUGCGAUGACAUUGCUAGCAAUUUUUUUUAUUAAGUUAUUGGGAACUAAUAACUGAUGAUGUGGAUACAAAUAAAAUUCUCUUUUUUUUUAAAUUUAGUUCGUCGAUUGAUAAUAUUACUACGAAAAGUUUAUGAUUUUUGUUGUAUAUCCAGUAAUGGUUAUUCAGUGUCAGCAAAGACAAUUUGAUAAAUUUAGAUUGCAUACUUGCGAGAUGGGUAUAUCUUGCAUCAAAAACGAUAUAUGAUAGCUUAUGUAGUGUCAUUAAUUCAGAUCGCACGCAGAACUUGUGAAAUGACUAAAUCAUGUACAUGUAUUAACAGCAAUUUCCGAUAGCGUAGUGUUGCAAAAGUUGCUGCUGGUGAAUAUGGAGUAAAAAAUCCACUGUUCUAAUCGCGCGUUGUUCUAAAUAUAACGCAUUUUUCUUGACCUGAUUACUGUACAAUACAUAUUAAGCAUCAGUGACGUCACACCAGUGUCUUUAAGUAGAUGUUUAUUCUAUAGUUUGUAAGCCUGUUUAUUUUAUGUUUUGUUGAUUUAUAGAAAUGUAACAUUUUAUUAAAAGUUUUUUAUUGAC